AUGCUGGAGUUGGUAGAAUGCAAGCUAAAGGGAAUCUGCAAGCCCUGGGCAACCCGCGAGGUAAGAGCCCCCCAUUCCCAGCCCUUCCCGGGCGCUCUCCCCUCACUUUCUGUUUUCCUACUCACUUGCGAGCCGCCGGGCUGCAGCCCCAAGGACUCCGCGGCAGGAGCAGCGGCGGCGGCGGCGGCGGCGGCGGCAGCCGGUAGGCUGGACUUGAGGAAGACGGAGGGAACCCCGCGCGUCCGGAGCCGCCGCCAGCCGGCCCGCUCCCCGGGCACUUUCCCCCUCCGCCAAAACUUUGGGUCGGGAGAGGUCGGGGGCGAGGGUCGCGGCGGCCGCGCCGGCGGGGGGCGGGGGGCGCAGAGGCAGUGCCCUGCGGGCGGGAGGCUGGGGGCCGGGCUGGGGAGUAGUAGGCCAGCCGGUGCCAGGCUGCGUUUGCAACCAGCACCUCUCGGCACACAGGCAGCGCCGCCCGAGAGGGGCACGGGAGCCGGGGCGCAGGCAGGAGCAGCCCGAGGAAAACAACAACAGAGCCCUCAUGCCGGCGGGCGGCUCGUGGCCGCCCGGGGAGCCCCAAACUUCAUCUCGGCGAAAGUCACUAUCAUAUGACAAAGGCUUUGCCGCAGUUCAUCUUCCUCUCUGUGUACUUUCCAUUUGCCUUCUUGGAAUCCUGCUGCAUCACAGAAGCUGGAAGUUCUGAUGUUCCAUUGAAAUCACAAUGGAAAGUCUUGACUUGACUGGUAAGA